AUUUGGUAACACUAGUUAUCACACCCACUUUGGCAAGUUUGGUGAUUGCAUAUCUGUUGUCUGUUUGCUAUUUAUUAAUCUCGAAUAGCAUGACUUCUCUUUCAAAUCACGUCGACGAUUCCAUUCAACACAAUCCCAUUGUUUUAAUUAUCCACCUUUUAUUUGACUCUUAGCAUUUAGAAAUAAAUAUUAACAUUUAUCAUUAUUCAAUCAUGUUUUGAUAUAGAAUAGUCUUUGAACAGUUUCACUUUGUAAACUUCAUUGUACAGCUGUGUUUUCAUUUUAUUCAUAAAUAAAAUUAGCUGGAUUAAUAUUUAAAAAAACAUUCUGGUGGAAUUUGAUUUAAUUUCUUAACAAGAGCUUCAAACAUGAGGAAGAAUAUAUUCUUGGAAAAAGUCAUACUGCUCGGGUUCGGAGGGGUCCUGUUUGUACUGUUCUGCACCGUAUCAAUUGCAUGGCCUUUGUUCUUCUUCUCGCAGCUCAAGGAACAAUUAGUUCUUACCAAUCAGUCAAAGAGCUAUACUCUCUGGAAAGACACACCAAUCCCUAUGUACUUAGAGAUAUACAUGUUCAACUGGACUAAUCCGGAAGAGACUUUGAAAAAGGGCAAAACCCCGCAUUUUGUCGAGAUGGGACCGUACGUGUUUAGUGAGACGCACAAAAAAGUGGAUGUCAAUUGGAACGAUGACAAUGAAACGGUUACUUUUAAACAAAUUAGACAGUGGAAAUUUAUUCCUGGCUUGUCCAACGGAAAGCUUGAUGAUGAAGUCACAAAUGUCAAUGUUGUAGCCCUUACAAUAGCUAACAUGGUCAAAAAAUACAUUGAUAGCAAGACUAUAGAAAUACCUGUAGAUAAAUUGUUUUCAUUCUAUGAAAAAAAAGUUUACAUAAAAAAACCUGUGAGGAAGCUGUUGUUUGACGGUUACAGUGAUGAACUCCUCAAUAUUGCAGAAAAGCUGAAACAUAUAAUUAAAGUGAAAAUUCCUUUUGAUAAAUUCGGAUGGUUCUAUUCUAGAAAUAAUUCAGCUGAUUACGAUGGAGUGUUCAGCAUAAACACGGGAAUGGAUUGUUUGUAUCGACUUGGCCUCCUGGAGGAUUGGAACUACAACACGCAUACAGACAUUUACAGUGGAAUAUGUGGUCAGGUUAGCGGGACGUUGGGCGAACUCUGGCCUUAUGACGCAUCAAAGAAGGAAGAAAUAGAAAUAUUUGCAAAUGAUAUCUGCAGUUCGAUAAAAUUAAAAAGAAACUCUACCCAAACAAUCCAAGGAGUUGAAGGUAUACUUUUUGAGGGAGAUGAAACUGUGUUCGACAACGGGCAGAUAGUUAGGGAAAACGCCUGCUACUGUUCGAACAGCAAUUUUGCUUGUCCACCUCCCGGGACGAGGGAUAUCUCCACAUGUCGUUACGGAGCUCCUGCAUUCAUUUCAUACCCACAUUUCUACCUCGGCGAUAAGUACUACCACAAGGCCGUAUCAGGAAUGAAACCAGAUCCACAAAAGCAUAAAUUUUACAUUGUGCUCGACAAGACUAUGAGCAUCCCUCUUGAAGUUCAUGCGAGGCUUCAGAUAAAUAUUUUGACGGAAAAUUCAUUUGGGUUAAAAUUUUUUGAAGAUUUGCCGACAGCUUACAUGCCGAUGAUCUGGUUCAACCAAAAGGCGGUGAUCACGCCAACGCUUUCGAGCCAAAUUAAAAGCAUCUCCUUUUUUGACGAUAACCUUGAAUACAUCUUUAUCGGGCUUGCCCUAUUUGGGCUUAUCCUGACACUCUUAGGUAUAUUCCUUUGGGGUCGAAGGGUCUAUAUCCAAGAGCCCAGCCCAUCAACAUCGUUACUCUGCAAUUCUGAUUCAACUGAAAAUAUUAGUUAAAAACUUUUUUUUAAUUGUAUUUUUAGAAUAAGAAAUCAAUUGCUCAUGCGCUAUAUAAUAUUAGAUCUUUUGAUUUACGAACAAAAGCGAACCAGUCUUGUUCCUUAUAUAUUUAAAAAAAAAUAUAGUAUUACUAAUUGAUUUUAUAUUGUACAGGAAUACAGGAAAACUAGGUAGUAAAAAAUAAAUUUUCUGUAAGUUUAUUAGUGCAUGAAAUAUUUGUCUUUAUGAUGAUAAAAAAACUUAAAAUAAAUUAUUAUACUUAAGUAAAUAAAUGAUUUGUUUGUAAUUUUAUACACUUAAAUUUCAAAUGCUGUGCAAUUUGUGUUAUAAAAAGAAGCAAGUUUUUAAUUUGUCCAUUAUUUUAAACAAAGUACUUUAAUGUUAGAUGUAAUAACCAUGUUUUUUAAAUUUAUAAGUGGCAAUUGACUAUUUCCUAAGAGAAAUUACUUACCUAAUAUUUUAUUUGUAUCACAUGAAUAUUAAACUAUACUUAACACCUUUAGGAAAAACAAAAAUGUGGAUAUUAAAAACUUUUCCUAGUAUGAUUUUGGACUGUUGAAAUUAACUUUCAAUAAAUAAAAUAUUAUUGUUUAAUCCAGUAAAAAUCUUUGAAUUAAUUAUAUCUUGAUAUUUAUGAGUUACUGUCUUAGUUUAUAAAUUUUACCAUGCUUUGCGGACAAUAGGUAGGCUGAUGAUAGUCAAUCAGACUGCAUUUAAUAAAAGUUUAAUAAUAAAUGUAAAGAAAAAUGGUAGAUUGAAUUACCUUAGAUAAUGCUUGCAUAUUAAUAAAUUUUUGUGAUAAAUUUUCAUAAAGAGUUGUAUAAAUUGAUAUUUUGUUUAAAUUUUACAGUAAAAAAACAUAUUUCCCAUGAUAUGCAUUAGGUGUAUCGGGUUAAAUAAAACUGUGAUAAAUAUUUA